AUGGAAGCAGUUAUAGCAUCCAUGGAGACUGGACGCUGCGGUCACUGUGCUGUUGUUCUAGAAGAUCUUAUUUAUGUGAUUGGAGGUGUUGAUGGGGGGACCUGUCUUAAGAGCGUCGAGAGCUUUGAUCCAUCAACUAACCAGUGGAAAAAGGUUCCUGAUCUGGCCAAUGCCCGUAGGGAUCCAGCAGCUGCAACUGUUUGUGGAAAAAUUGUUGUUGUUGGAGGAUUUUGUAAUAUAAGGCUUUCUGCAUCAUCAGUAGUAGAACCAACAUGUGAGGUGUUUGAUCCAUUUCUCAAUCAGUGGAGCUCGUUAUCAAGCCCAAAUGUUCCACGAGCAGCCUGUGGAAUUGUGAGUGUGGGUGACACUGUGUAUGUGUUUGGUGGAUACGGUGAAGUAGUGCUCUGGACAGUGUAG